CAGUUUCCCUUAUUUUUCUCCCUUAGCUGCAGAAUCGGAAGGUGUGAAUGUGAAGCCAACUUCCUUCUGUGAGUAUUUGUUGGUGAGAUUAGCGUGACUCUGGUUAAAUAUCGCUGCUCCUCAGAUAUGUGGACAAAAAGCUGAUUUGACUCUUCGUCCAUACAAAAUGGAUUCACAGACAACUGCUAAUGUUGAGUAUAGUCAAUGAUGGUUGUGAUUGUCCCUUUGAAUGAAGAUCCUGACGUUAGCAUAGCUUAGAACUGUGCUAAGCUACAUGAGGUGAAGAACACUGUUGAUCGAAUCUAGUGAAGGACUUGUUUUUUCACAGGCUGAAUCCAACUGGUCUUUCUAAAGGUUUGUUGGAGUUAUAACAUGUCAGCCCGGGUUUAGGUCAUUUGCAGUCACAGGAGCUCACUGACGGCCUCGGACAUCCAUUGGAGCAUUCACUCCAGGCUCAGAGACCCAGCAGCACCGACCAUGUCAACACAACCCUGGGCCGGUGCUCCCGGCUGCUGCGCUCCCAGCUCGGAGGACUUUCCACCGGCUCCCCGGGCUGUCGUCAACCCCCUGAGCCUGGAGAAACUGUCCUGCGCCUCUUUUCUGAGCGCGGGUCAAGUGAUGCAGGCGGAACCCAUCUCCUAUGUGACCCUCCAGGAGCAGCGGUGCGUCCUGAGCUGGUUCCAGGGAUGGACCAGCCCCCAGAAGGAGCGGUUCUUGCAGGACCUGCUCGGUAAGGCUGUGCCCGGGAAGGUGUGCACCCUCCUGGAUUCGCUCAGUACUCUUCAGGUAAAUGACAAACUACCAAACAUCUUUGAAUGCCAGCUGCGCCUGUGGUCACAGUGGUUCGAGUCUUGGGGAGAAGAGGAGAGGAAUCACUUCCUGCACAUUCUGGAGGAAAGAGAUCCAGUGUUUGUUUCCCACUUUUACAGCAGUGUGGCUGGUACAGCAGGAAGAGACUGAGCGAUGUCCACACUGUGACGGAAAUCAAGUGAAGGUUGAAAAACAAAACGUGUUACAGAAGUGACGUGUGGUGGGCAGAGUGUAUUAAAUCUGAGCUAUUUUGAUUUUUUUUUUUUCAAACAAAUGUUGGAUCAGACUGAUUUUUGAAGUUAAACCAUUUCAUAUAAGGAUCAGGAAUUAUAAUUCAAAGCAGUUCACAUUUCGUCAGCAAAUAUUUUAUUUGCAAAGCAACAUUUUUUCAUUCAUUUCAGAACUUUCUGUGUAAUAGGUGAUGUGCUGACAUGUAUUGACCGAUUGGUGGUAAUUUGAAGUAAGCAGAUCCACAUCUGGAUGUAAGAACAUCAAAUUUACAAUUGUACACUUUUCUUCCUGUACCAAUUGAUUGAAAUCCCUACAAGGACUUGGACAAGAGACCGAACAUUUUCUUUUUUACACAUGAAUCAAAUAAACUGCAUCUUGUAUAUUUGAAGUGUUUUAUUGUCUGAACUAUUCGACAGCAUCUAUAAAUAGGGGAGAGCGGGGUAAUGUGGGACACCGGGUAAUGUGACAUAUCCCCUGUAUCUAGGCAACGGAACACAUUUGUGGUCAUGUGACCAUUAUGUUUUCAAACCCCUCCCAUUCCCCCCUUGCCAUGAAGUAGAAGUUGGUGCUGGUGCUGUGGAAAGUAGUUUUUUUCACAAAAAUGUGUUUUAUGCAUGUUAAAGUAAAUUUUCUUGCUUUGAACUUAAUCAACAAAUUGAAUCAGGUAGAGAAAACUUAUAUCAUACAUGUUGGUGAACUUCCAACAUAUAAAAUCAUGUGAUUGAUGCUAGCUGAAGAUUAGCCUGAAUUGCUAAGAGAUUUUGUUUUUCUAAAACGGUUGCUGUGGAGUAAAGUGGGACAAAUGCUGCAAGUUAAGUUUAGUCUUAAACAUAUUUUAAUGUUAUAUUACAGAUAUAUGUUUUAUUUUUAAUGUCAUAAACAUUGUAUAAAAGCCAUCAUGCCAAGGAACUACACCAGGAAGACAACCUGGGGCCAAACACCCCUCGCAGAGAUGGAGAGUGCAGCCGCUGACGUCAUGCAAGGAAAGAAGUCCUGAAGAAAAGCUGGAAGGGAUAGAAAUAUUGAUAAGACAACCCUCAAAAGAUUCAUGAAGAAAAAAGAGAAA